AAACAGCCACUUAGCGCCAGCGGCUAUGCAUGCGUUAGGCUGCGCUCCUCGGCACAUAUAACAUCCUCAUUAGUCACGGUUUUGACCCCAUUCUUUUUCCACUUCAUGUUGGGGUAAGCUCUGGGCAUAUUAUCAGAGUAGCUCUCACAAUGGAACUCAGCUCCGUAGACACGCCGCAGCCGCCCGAAGUCACCAUCUUUGAAGAUGAUGGCACCGAUCAAUGGAGACAGGAGGAAGAGGUUAACUUGGAGCAAUACUUAAGUUCCCCCCAACGCUGCUCCACCCAGGUCGUAUUCCUCAAACAAGAAACAUUGAAACAAUGUGCUUCGCUCCUUAACCUCCCAUCUGACUUCCAGCGUACCCUCAAGGAUGACCUUAACGGGUCUUCUCACACUGAAUAUGGCUUCAACGGGAAUGACAUUUCCCGACAUAAAUCAUGGACCGUCUUCAAACUCAAAAAGGUCAACACUGCCGACGAGUAUUACUGGAUGCAACCCUCAGUCUUCGUCGAAUGGCACAUACCGCCCCAACAAAAGCCAGCCGAUACUCGAAAUUCAGACGGUGGUGCACAGCCAGCAACACCCGGCCUACAGAGAGUCUUCUUUGUGAGCCUCCCUCCCGACGAGCAACGAUCAAUACAGAAGAACUUCCCUAGCCGGCACUUGAGAUACUAUAACCCGUAUAUAUGGCAUGCAGUGUUCGCCCGCGAAGUAGCGAUGUUAUAUGAUAAAUGCUUCUGGUCUCUACGAGAUCUCGUUAGACACAUAGAAAAGAAACGAAACGUAAGUACCCUGGCAGAGUUACAAGCCACCAACUUCCCGAACCUCCACGACAUCGCUCGACAUAUCUUCCACUCAACCGAGAUCCUCGAGGUAGCCGAGCACACCAUCAACAGCGUCGUGGUGGAGCAAUCACGCUGGCGACAAGAGUUCGCGGAAAUUGCUUCGAAGGCCCACGGCGCGCAUCUCCAAACCGGACAGAAAUUGGCCUUUGCCGCGAAGGAAAUGCAUUCGCUUAAAAUUCGGUCGAAGUCGUUGACUGAAAGAUUAGAUAACGAGAUUAAUCUUGCUUUCAACCUAGUCAACCAAGGCUUCGGCCGUAACGCCCAAUCUGACAGCGCAAUGAUGAAAACCAUUGGUCUCGUCAGUCUAAUCUAUCUUCCCGGGACAUUUGUUUCGGGCAUCUUCGGAACAAACUUCUUCGAUUAUCAAAGCGGCGAGGCGGAGUCGUGGGAAAUGGCCAAGAACUUCUGGUUGUAUUGGGCCGUGACUCUUCCGUUGACGCUAGCGACUGUUGUGGUUUGGGCGCUGUGGCAUUAUCGGUUGACGUUGAAGAAGGGGUAUCGGAAAGGGAGAAGUAAGGUUAAAGGGAAGGAUGAGGAUCCUACGGAUAAGGUUUGAAUCCGGUCGCCCUUAGGGUUCUUCCUUGUAAAGCUCGGCUUGUUGGAUUUGUUUUUUUAUAAUACCUUUAUGAAUAACGAUUGGGAUUUUCGGCUUUCGAAGGUACAUAUAUAGUGAUAUGAUGUUGAUAGUUU